AUGAUUAAAAUUAACACUCAAGAUGAUGAAAAUAUCAACGGCAAAGCCACAAACAAACAUCUUAUCUCUGUAGAAACCGUUGGAAUUGAGAACACAUCACAAUGUUUGCUUUAUUAUAAAAAUUUUCGGGUUUGUUUAUUUUGGAUACGGCACUCAAAAGUACAUUUUAAUGCUGUAAAACAGUCUCAAGGAAAAAAUGUACUGGACAGUAAUAAAUCUGGUGCAGGGUUCGGUGGUUCUUUGAAGUUUCUGCGUACCAAAAACUCGAAGAAUUCCCUUAUAAUGGGUUCGGGCCCUGUCGCGGUCAGCGGUACCGCUAAAAAGCAAGAAUUUAGUAAGAAAACUGCUGCUGCUGGCAUUGUGGCCAGUUGGCAUAGCCACGUAAUUGCUGUAAAUAUAUAA